AUGUCCUCAAACAUCCGAGAGUCGGAUUCGGCCGGUCGGAAACGCUGUCAUGAGGAGUACGCGCUGGACGCGAAAUCUGGGGGUGGCGCGAUGCUGCCGUCAAAUGCGUCCCUAGAAGCACGUGAGUAUACGACGCACGACCGUGACGAGAUGAUGAUGUCCUCCGAAUUGACACCCAACUCAGCCCUUGCACCAUCAACCGCACACCUCGACCCAACACCUCAGGCAUCACCUUCCCCGACCAAAGGCACACCCGCACACGAGGCAUCCUCGCCGCACACGCCGAUGGAACCCCAGCCCGGCGAACAAGAGACAGCUGCGGACGUGGUGGCGGAGCGCACAUUGUCGGAAACGGCGACGGCAACGGCCGCAGCCACCGCGCAGCGUCCAAGGAAGAAGCGCCUCACACCGGCGGAAGCGGCGGAAAAGAAGAAGGCAAAGGAAGACGAGAGACAGGCCCGUGCCAAAGAUCGCGAGGAGCGCGAAAAGGAGGCGGCCGAGAAGAAGAAGGAGAAGGAGGAAGAACGACAAGCACGGGAAAAGGAACGUGAGGAGAAGCGCAAGAAGAAGGAAGAAGAGGACCGGGCCAAGGCGCAGGAUCGCGAGAAGAAGAAACGCAAGAAGGAGGAGGAGCAGCGAGCGAUGGAGGAGGCCAGGGUCAGAAAAGAGCGUCUCCAGCCCAAGCUCAACAACUUCUUCUUCAAGCCUCAGCAAUCGCCCAAGAAGUCGUCCGUGGUGACCAUCCAGACGGCAUCGCCGAAGAAGGACAACGGAACCUCGACAGCAGACUCGACAGCACCCUGUGGAGGUGUCAUCUACCGCAGGAUGUUCCAGCCCUUCUUCGUCAAGGAUCAUACGACGUGGGUCCCGCCAGCAACCGACGCGGACGGCAUCAGGUCAUCAUCUCUGGACGAGUACAUUGGCGGCGAACGCACACACGACGAGUCCGCCCCAUUCGACCCCAUCGAUCUCCUAUCCCUGUCACGCGGUCUGCCUCCGAGGGGCAAGCUACACCACCCCGUCAAGAACAUCAUGGAAGAGGCCUAUAAGCAUCUGCAGAGUAAUUCUGGCACCACCGAGCCGGCCGGAAAGGCCAUGCAGGUUGCCCGCAAGAAGCUGGCCAGGAUCCCCGUCAAGGUCAUAUGCUUCUCCGAGGACGUCCGCCCCCCUUACUACGGCACCGUGACGCUGAAGCCCUUUGCCCUGGGUAAGGCACACAUGAGGAGACUGGCGAGGCGGCCGACGGGCCGCAGCAUGCCUGUCGAGUACGACUAUGACUCGGAGGCGGAGUGGCAGGAGGAAGAAGGCGAGGAUCUGGACGUCGACGAUGACGAGGAGGAGAUUGACGACGAAGACGACAUGGAUGGGUUCUUGGACGACUCCGAGGAUCUGGGCCACGCCGGGCGCGCGAUGAUGAAUGCCAUGGAGCCAGACUGCACGGGCAUCUGCUUUGAGGAUGAGAAUCGGAAGGGGCCCAACGAGAUUGUCGACGGUGCGGCGACACCGACGAAGAUGGUCAAAGCCGAGAUCCUCGACGACGUGAAGAGGGCCAUUGUCGACAACAGGACCUUGUCGAAGAUUGGCAUCAUCGAUUUCAUCUUUCAGAAGUUCAGGGACAAUGCGUCCCGGACCGAGGUGAAGAAUACGAUUGAGCAGAUUGCCGAGAAGAAGGGAACUGGAAGGCUCAAGGAGUGGUCAUUGAAGUCGGGACACGAGAUUUCUACAUGA